CGAGUAGCAAAGAGUUCUACACAAGAUUGCGUCUCUCUCUCUCUCUGAACAAACACACAGUCACACAGAGAAGAAAAAAGCAAAUCAAUUUCUGCAAUCGUCUCUUCAAUUCAUGAAUUGUAUGCAUUAUUCAAGUUCUCGAGGUAGCGAAUUCAGCUUGUAGAGAUCCCUAAAGCUAUGGGGAUCUCGUUUAAGGUCUCCAAAACAGGUCGGCGAUUUCGCCCCAAACCGCUGCCGUCAAAUGCGGCCGUUCCACGCGCCGAAGAUGACGAAUUCAUCGAUUCCCAAAUUGCUGCGUCGAAGCAGAAAACUGAUGCCUCUGCUCGGAAGCUGGGAGAGGCCAGAGAGAACAAGGGAAUCACUAAAAUUGGAGAUAAUGAAGUUUCAUUCACUCUUAAACUUUUUCCGGAUGGAUAUUCGAUCGGGAAACCUGUUGAGAAUGAAUCUGCCAACCAGACAUCCAACGAUGUACCGAAGUUAUUGCAUCCAUAUGAUAGAGCAUCAGAGGCUCUUUUUUCGGCAAUUGAAUCUGGUCGAUUGCCGGGAGAUAUUCUGGAUGACAUACCAUGCAAAUAUAUUGAUGGGACAAUUAUCUGUGAGGUGCGAGAUUAUCGCAAGUGCUUUGCUGAAGGAGUUAACGUGGCUUCUGGCGAAAGCUCACCUGCAAUCAACAGAGUGUCUCUCAAAAUGUCACUGGAAAAUAUAGUGAAGGAUAUUCCAGCUAUUUCAGAAAAUGGUUGGACAUAUGGUGAUCUGAUGGAAGUGGAGUCUAGAAUUUUGAAAGCUAUACAACCACAACUUUGUCUUGAUCCAUCCCCACAGCUAGACAAACUAUCUGAAGAUCCAAUUCAAAAUAAGUUAAAUUUAGAACUACGCAGCAUGCGAAGGAAAAGAUUGAGGCAGAUUUCUGAAGCUAAUAACCAUGGAAAGAAGGCAAGUCUUGAUAGAGUUCCAGAAAGUUCUAGGUUGGGAGAUGCAGGAACUUUAGUGCAGCAACCUGCCUAUGAGAAUACAAACAGUCAAAAUAAUGUUUCGAAUGCUAUGCUUCAACUAAGAAGCAAUGGCUUUGGGUCGGAUGGCUCUCUUCUGCCUUCACCUAUGACAUCCUACCAACCAAAAUAUACCGGAGGCGUAAGCCCAAGAAUGAAGGAUCAGCGGACAGGAGCACUUUUGAAUGCCUCUGUAGGUUCUCCUGGUGGGCAGGACAUGAUGAUCCCAUUCGCUGAUAACAUUGCUGCUUCUCUUCAUGGCAAGAGGGAGAAUCAAGAUGGACAAUCAUCUCCAUUGACCAACAAGAAGGCUAGGCUUACACAUGCAGGUCCUGAGGGAAAUAUACAGCAUUUUGGUUCACAGAUGGAUCCAUUACAUGGGACUGAAUCUCACUGGAAGAACACAUUAAUACAGCAGCAGUCAAUUGGAAGAGUCAUGCAGUAUGCUAACAAUGGCAUGCAAAAGUUCCCUCAGCAGGCAUUUGAAGGGAGUCUAAAUCAGGAAGGAGGGCAGAUGCCAUUCAGUGUUGGACAGCAAGGAAUAAGAUACAACCUGAAGGAAGAACCUGUUGAGACAGAUAGAUUGGAUAAACCCGAUGGUCGUGUGGCCAUGGGAGAGAAUGAAUUAGCAAAUAUCGACUCCCAGCAGUCACGGUUGCAGCAAAGGAUGCCACAUCAGAUGAUGAGAUCUGGCUUCCCUCAAUCUCCUUGGAACAAUCUUGGACAGCCUCUUGAUAAUAAUUCUAGAAAGGAAGACCCUUUCCAGAAGAGAAAAUUGGUUCAGAGUCCUCAUGUUUCUGGCAGUGGCUUGCCUCAAUCUCCUUUGUCGUCAAGAUCUGGAGAAUUUUCUAGUGGUUCUAUGGGGCAAUUUGGAGCUGUUGUAACUAGUGGGCUCGUAUCAUCACAAAAGGAUAAAUCUGCGGUCACAUCUGUUGGUGUUGGUGGCAACCCGUCUUUCACUUCAAGUGCUAAUGAGUCUGUGCAGAGGCAUCCUCAUGCACAGGCAGCUGCAAAACGCAGAUCUAAUUCUCUUCCUAAGACCCCUGCAAUGAGUGGAGUUGGCUCUCCAGCAAGUGUUGGCAAUAUGAGCUUACCAAGCCCUCCUGUUGGGAGUCAGACAUUGGGUGAUCAGACCACAUUGGAAAGAUUCUCGAAGAUAGAAAUGGUAGCUAUGAGGUUUCAACUUAAUUGCAAAAAGGGUAAGGUGGAAGAGUACCCUAUCAGGAAACCUAAUGCAUUUUCAGCUCAACAGCUGAUGUCUCAUUUCUCAAGUGAUUCAAACAAUGAGAAUUUGAAAGAUGAAACAUGUCAAAUGCCACUGUCAAAGUCCCUGGUUGGUGGUAGCAUGAAUGUUUGCAAGACCAGGAUUUUGAACUUUAUUCAGACAGAGCGCAUUCUUCAAGGUAAUACCUUCCAAAUGGUCCAAAAGUCCAGAACUAGGAUGAUCAUGUCGGAGAAACCAUAUGAGGGUGCUGUUGCAAUUCAUAUAGGGGAGAUAGAGGACGCAGAUUACUUGGCUGCAGAGGAUUACCUUCCAACAUUGCCAAAUACUCACAUGGCUGAUCUACUUGCAGCGCAGUAUUCUUUACUGAUGACACGGGAAGGUUAUCACAUGGAGGAUCACGUCCAACCAAAACCUGUUCGGAUGAAUCCUAACUCAGGGACCCAGCCCAAUCCUUCGGGAAUAUCUCCCACUAGCGCAGCACCUGAGAUGCAGCAGUUUUCUGAAGGUGUUUCUCUGCAGCAAUCGAGCGAUGUCGCAAAACCGAGCAACAGUGGUAAUUCAACCUCAUCACAGAACCUACAAGGCAUGAGGGUGCUGCCUCCAGGAGGUGCUCAGGCAAUUCAAAUGUCCCAAGGACUUCUACCUGGGGUUUCAGUGUCUUCAAGGCCUCAGCAACCCGAACAACUGCCGCCUAUGCAACAGCAACCUCAACUGCCGCAGCAGCAUCCCCAGUUCCAAAGGAUGCUCCCAACGAACUCGAUGCAGCAUCUGAAUAAUAUAGCUCAGAAUGCUAACAUGCAGUUGGGGCCUCAUACGACAAACAAGAACACAGCUCUCCAGUUUCAGAUGAUGCAACAACAGCAACAAUCGCAACUUCUUCAGCCGCAGCAGCAGCAGCAGUUAAUGCAAAGAAAAAUGAUGCCUGGCCUUGGAAACGUCGGGAUGGGAAAUAUUGGCAAUAAUAUGAUGGGGCUUGGAGUUGGAGGCUUGGGUAAUGUCAUGGGAAUCGGUGGGGCUAGGGGUGUGAGUGGAUCGGGCAUUUCUGCACCGAUGGGGUCUAUGUCAAACAUAGGAAAUAUGAAUCAGAACCCCAUGAAUCUGACUUCUGCUGCAAGUCUUACUAAUGCCAUUAGAUCCGGGACGCUUACACAGCAGCAAGCUUUCAUGAAAAUGAAGUUGGGAAACCAAAACAGAGCGAAUUUGUUGGGAAACCCGCAGUCGAGUAUUGGAGGCAUACCUGGCGCUAGACAGAUGCAUCCAGGAUCAAAUCUUUCCAUGCUCGGCCCUGCUGCUCUAAACCGGGCCAAUAUGAAUCAGAUGCAACGUACAGCUAUGGGUCCACCGAAGGUACCGGGAAUGAAUCCUUACAUGAACCAGCAGCAACAUCAGCUUCAGCAGCAGCAGCUACACUUACAGCAACAACAACAGCAGCAGCAACUACAGAUGCAGCAGCAGCAGCAGCAGCAACAACAACAACAACAACAGCAGCAGCAGCAGCAGAUGCAGCAACAGCUGCAACAACAGCAACUACAGCAGCAGCCGCAGCCACAGCAGCAAGAAACAACGUCACCAUUGCAAGCUGUUGUUUCGCCUCCACCAGUCGGAUCGCCUUCAAGCGUGGGGAUUCCCCACCAAAUGACUCAGCAACAGCAACAGCAACAGCAACAGCAGGCCAGUCCCCAGCAAAUGAGCCAGAGAACUCCGAUGAGCCCACAGCUCAGUUCUGGGGCCAUUCAUCCGAUGGGUGCUGGUAAUCCAGAAGCCUGUCCCGCCAGUCCUCAGUUGAGCUCACAGACCAUGGGCUCAGUCGGUAGCAUCGCAAACUCUCCAAUGGAGCUACAGGGUGUCAACAAAAGUAACUCUGUAAAUAAUGUAUAGUGCUGACGAGGCUGUGACAACUGGGUAAGACGCAUACCAAAUGAGAUGUCGAAACUGAACCCCGAGGAGCAUUACUGAUUGAUUGUGUGGCUGUUCACCGAAUAAAACGUAAAAGGAAGAAGACUAUUUCAGUGGGGGAAUACAUAAUUCCAUUCCUCUUCAAUGAUGAAUGUUGUAACUGAUACAUAGUAAUAACAUGUGUUGUAAAGCUAGGAGAUGUCAUAUUGUCACAUACUCACAUGUUGGAUUAAGCUUAUUUUGUUUA